UUCACGCCAGUCCAGACCUUCCUCGGCGGGUACCUCUUGCACCUGUCCACUUCCGCACUACUCGAGGACACCGGGACCGUCCUCGGCGUCUCCGGUAUUGUCGAUGGUCAGAUAUGGGGCACUGGGAAUCCUCGCGCGCCCAAGUCGCAAGAGCACGAAUCUACGAGGGAAAAGCAGGAUGCGCAGUGGGUCGAGCGGUAUUGGCGUAUGGCGGUUGUGGGUGGCAUGAUCGCGGCGCCUAUUACUGCUAGUAUGCUGGGUGUGGGCGGUCAAGGCGCCAUAGAUGCCGUCCGAAGCUGGGAUAUUCUGUCGGGCCAGCUAGGAUGGGACAGGCUGGCACUGGCUGGGGUUCUUGUUGGGCUGGGAAGCAGGCUUGGAUCUGGCUGUACAAGUGGCCACUUUCUCUGCGGAGCGUCACGCCUCUCGCCUCGAUCUAUUGUCGCCACCGCCGUCUUCUUCCCGAUCGCCAUGGUCACCUCACAGCUCUUCCCCAUGACAUCCUCCCCGGCUCUUGGGAAUACGGCGGCGUCAUAUGUACCUACAUACCCUGCGCUCUCAGACGUUCCCCUCUUCGUUCUGCCAAUCAUCAUUCACCAGGUCCUCCGUCUCACACUCCGGAGGAUCUUGGCAUUGUCGCCGGUAGUCUUCCUCCGUCUUGCCCCCUAUAUCCUCUCGGGGUGGACCUUCGGUAUGGGACUGGUCAUGAGUGGGAUGGCCGACCCACUCAAGGUCGUCUCCUUCCUCCGCAUCUCACCUCUCCGUCAAUGGGACCCAAGCCUCGCGAUGGUCUUCCUCGGAGGCGUCAUACCCAACGCUAUAUCCUAUAGGCGCCUUAUCUCACGCCGCACUACGGCGAGCUCGGAGCCAAAGCCUGCGUACAGCUGGGCAAAUUGGCGCGUACCCAGACGGAGAGAUAUCGACUGGAAGCUCGUCAGUGGGGCUGCUGUCUUUGGAGCAGGUUGGGGACUGGGCGGUGUCUGUCCCGGACCGGCUCUAGUAGGAGUCGGUAGCGUGGUGUGGGACCAGUUGACCGGUCACGGUAAGAGCGCUGCCGGGAUGGCGCUGGGUGCCUUUGCUGUAAGCGUGGCAGCGGGAAUGAGGAUAGGACGCGUAAUUUAG